AUCAGUGGUUGCUGUGAAGUGAUGUGUGAUGUUAGUGACAUUUCCACCACCACUGUGCUGUAUGACCUUUCAUAUCACAGAGCCUUUGAACUCUCCCCAACAGAGAAUAAAAGGGGCUACAGGUGAGGAAGAAAAGUGAGGAGCUUCUCUGACCAGACUCCUGAACAACCUGUGCUGACUCUUGGGAUUCUGUACAAAAUCAUUUUCUUGCUGCUCCUUUUAGUUUUAAAGAAGCAUAUUGAGUCCAGAAAUAGAAGGAUUUUUUUUGCUGAGUCUUCAUAUUGAAGGCCAUGUCAGGAAAGAUGUGCAGCAGCAACAGUGUUAUUCAGGCACAAAAACUGGUGGAUCAACUUCAGCUGGAGGCAAGCAUGGAGAGAAUAAAGAUCUCUCUGACAGCAGCAGAUUUGGUCCGGUACUGUCAGGACCACAGGCGCAGUGACCCUCUGCUCACCGGCAUCGCUGCCUCGUCCAACCCGUUUAAAGAUAAGAAGACCUGUGUGCUGCUUUAACAGUCCUGAGUAGAGCUGACCGACCAUUAACAGACUGCCGUGGGGACAACUCCUGUCGGAGUGUAACCACAGAUUUUCUACUGUCAAAUGUGUACAAGAUAAUC